AUGCAUUUCUCGAACAUUGAGCUGAAUGAUAUGGUUCGUAUGUCGGGUCGUUAUUGUGCGGGGCCCAUGAGACUCUUCGAAGGACACGAAAUUGUAGCGAUGCAAGGAGGGCUGAAAAAAAUGAAUCAGAACGAUUCAGGACGUGAGGGGAGCUCCUACCAAAUAAAACUUUUGGCACUUAUCGCUUUAGAAGGCCUCAAUCAUGAUGGAAACUGGAAAGAAUUCACUGAGUAUUAUGACGCUGGAGAUUUUAAUGACAUCGUUUACAUGAGUGAAAAUAAAAAUAGCAGCUUUGCAAUACAAUGCAAACAUAGGAGAGAUAAGAAGAAAACCAAAAUUUCCAAGAAUGAUUUAGAGAAGAAGGGUGAUUUCUAUCUCCCAAAGUAUUUCGAAUCAUUUCAAGAGAUGAAGGAUAAAUGGAAGAAGUUCGAUGGGAUGAUCUUUGUAAUUUGUUCAAAUUGUUGUCCAGAUACCAAAACUGUAUCGGAAACAGAAGAAAAAAUAUCCAUUCCGUUAUUUCCAGGUAAAACAUCUUCAUACAAACUGAAAGAUUCAGUGAUAAAGGAAAUUCUGAAUUCAUAUGACGAAAAAUUGGUAACGAAUUUUUGUGAAAAGCUACGAUUUUUUCACAUCACUGAUUCACAAAUUGACGAGAGUAUAAAAGGAAGUCUUACAGAUGCAGAAGGAAAUUUGAAAUUGAAAUUUGAUGAAAAUCAUUUCAUCAGAAACAUAGAUAAUUGGUAUAUAGGGAAAAAUAGAACAACUAUUGUGAAAUCGCAUGUAAUAGCAUUUUUAUACGAGUGGACGAGUCACAAAAAAUUGACUGAGCUUGAAUCUCUCGGAAUAUACUUCAAAGAAAAAUAUAUCAUUGGAAAUAAUCAAAUAUUAAACAUCAUAACAGCUGAAGAGAGUAUCUUGACUAUACUCAAGGCCUAUAGAAGUUUUCUAGAAGACUAUGACACAAACCAAAUUUUAUUCAUUGAUCCUGAAGAUAAGAUCGAGAUUAUGGACAGAAUCAUAGAAUGUUAUGAGCUGCCUAGAUUCUGUAUACUCUUGAUUUCUUCAUCCGGAUUCGGUGAAAACAGUGAGACAUGUUAUAAUCACAUUAAUAAUAUUUUAGAAAAAUUUUCAUACAAAAAAGUCAUCAUUUUUUCUAAGGAAUCAAUUCAGACACAUUUAAGUAACAGAAAUAUUGCAACAAUCUUCGAUAAAAUAAAUUUCGAUCAUUUAACAGAAACAUCUCAGAAAACUCUGCUUUCCAAAUCUGUUUGUUUUCAAGGUACCGACAUUCCCUUAUAUAAACUAAUUUAUCGAGGUACCAAUUUGUCGAUCGACGAGCUCAUGAAUGAUAGAUCGAACUUAAGUUAUUUAAUGGACCAAAAAACCAUUGUCGAAUUGAUAUUCGAACGAAAGAUUGAAAUAGGAACAGCAAUAAAUGAAAAUUCAGAAGACAUUCCAGUUUAUUACAGGGAAAGAAGGAUAACCAACUACGUGGGUGAAGAUUUCGAAGAACAAGAUGUCAGAGAUUUUGUUGAGCAAUCUGACAAGAUUUUCCUAAUAUCAAAUGAAGCAGGAAUGGGAAAGACUACUUAUUUGAAGAAACUGGGGUGUUUGAUAAAGGAGAAAUACCCACACUUAUUCGUUUUAAGAAUAGAUUUGAAUCAAUUCACCGGUCUAUUCAAAACAUACAAAAAUAAAGGCAUUGAACUAGAAGAAAUUUUGGGAAUCUUCAAUCAAAAUCUAUUGAAAAAUAGUUUCGAAAAAAGUAUUUUUUCAAUGAAUGAUGAAAUCGUAUUAUUAGUGGACGCAGUAGAUGAAAUAAGUCCAACAUACACAAAACUGGUGAAGAAUUUCCUCCUGAGCAGUUCUAAACGUCAAAACAUUUCAAAAAUCUUCGUCACCACUCGUCCGCAUCUGAAAACAGAUUUGGAAUCAUUUCUAAAUACCAAAUCGUAUCAGCUAUGUCCAUAUCGGUUCAUAGAACAAGUUGUGUUCCUCGGGGAGUACUGGAAGAAUAAUCUGAACAUAAAUGAUGUUGAUGAUGAAAACAAAUGUAAUAUGUACGCACAAAAAUUGAUAAGUAAAAUAAUUAAAGCGAUUGGGACGACUGAUGCAUGGAAAUUCACUGGCAUCCCACUCCACAUCAAAAUGAUUGGAGAAAUAUUCCAGGAGUCGGAUAGGAAGCAGAAUAAUUGGAUAAGCUGUGAAGAUUUUUUGAUAUCUGGAUAUGAUAAUCCGGAGUUGCCAAACAUGCUAACCCUCAAUGACUUGUACGACAUGUUUGUGCAAAAGAAAAGCAAAAUUUUUAUCGACGAAAAAUGCCUGGCUAAAGGAAAUACCGCCACAGAACUAUUGUUCGAGUCUCAAUUUGAAAAUGCUCUCAUAAAACAUCAGAAAGAAGCGGCUAAGCUCCUCUUCAAAGACAGUCAUUUCGAAUUGAUGAAUAUCUCCAAAAUCGUUGAAAACAUUCCUAUAGAAACCAUUGUGAAAAUGGGAAUAAUUCAUGAACUUGGAGACGAGUUAGUAUUUAUUCAUAAAACAUUCGCUGAAUAUUUCGUUGCUAAGGCAUUGUGGAAACAACUGAUUGAAUUGAAGUAUUCUCAGGAAUUCUUAGUUUUUCUACUAAGCAUCGUUUUCCUAGAUGAACAGUACGAAGGGAUUAGGAACUUUUUCGAAGGAAUCCUCACAGAGGAAUUUGAUGAAAUUCCAGAAGAAAUUCUCUGUAUUUGCGACUCUAUUGUCGAUUCCAUAACUUGGGAUGAAAAAACCAAUAUACACAUAUUAGCUAGAGAGGGUCGAUUGAAUAUUUUGAAAAUAAUGCUAGAAAAAAGUGAGAAUAGAAAACAGUUAUUGGGAAUCGUGGAUUAUUCAAGUAGGUUCACUAUUCUCAUGGAGGCGAUAGAAUAUCCAGAGAUAAUAACACUUUUACUGGACAAAGGGGCAGAUGUUAACCAAAGAGAUGAAUGGGCGCGUACAAUCAUUCAUAAUGCGGGUAUACGUAGGAAGUUGGAGGUACUAAAAUUGUGUGUGGAUAGGGGGGCAGAUAUAAAUCAAAUUGAUAUAUACGGAUGUUCAGUAGCUUCAUACGCAGCUAGAGAAAACCACGUGGAAUUGGUUAAAUUUUGUAUGGAAAAUGGGGCAGAUAUGAACCAAAAAGACAUGUACGGACGUGAUGCUAUAGAACUAGCAGCAGAAAGAGGCAAUGUGGAAUUGGUGGAAUUAUCUGUUGAUCGAGGGUUUGCUAUAAACCCAAAAGUCAUAUAUCAUGCAGCUUCAUUGGGGAAAUUAGAAUUGAUGCAAUUAUGUAUGCAAACAUCGAAAGUAGAUAUGAACCAACGUGACGAGAGUGGAACUACAAUUAUAUUUCGAGCAGCUCGAGGUGGUGGAGAAAAAUUAGUGAAAUUUUGUUUGGAAAAUGGGGCAGAUAUCAACAAAAGUAACACGGAUGGAAGUACAGUUUUAUUAAAUGCGGCUGAGAGAGGCGAUUUAGGAUUGAUGAAAUUCCUUCUAGAGAAUGGGGCAGAUUUAAACCACAGCGAUCAUAGAGGAAGAACAGUCACACACUAUGCAGCUGCCACAGGACAUCUGGAGAUGUUGAAAUUUUGUGUAGGAAGAGGAAAAGAUAUAAAUCAAGAGGACAGGAACGGAAAAACAACCAUAUUGUAUGCAGCUGGAAGUGAAAAAUUAGAGGUGAUGCAAUUUUGUAUUGAAAAAGGAGCAGAUAUUCACCAUUGUGAAAAUAAAAGGAGAAGUUUGAUACAUUUUGCAGCCGCAUCAGGCAAUUUGAUGAUGAUGAAAUUUUGUCUGGAAAUAGGGGCAAACAUCAAUCAAAGGGACAAUGAUGGAAAAACGGCGAUAAUAUAUGCAGUUCAAGGAGGCAAUAAUGAACUAUUGGAAUUUUGUUUGGAAAUGGGAGCAGAUAUAAAUCAAGCAGAUAAUGUAGGACGAUCAGUAUUAUUUUAUGCAGCUGAAUUAUUUGAUGAAUUGGAAUUUGUGAAAUACUGCGUAGAAAAAGGAGCCGAUAUAGAUCACUGCGAUAAUAAAGGAGUGAAAGUAAUACAUUUAGCAGCUUCAUUAGGCAAAUUGAAUCUUCUGCUAUUUUGUUUGCAGGAAGGGUCAGAUAUCAAUGAAAGUGAUAAUGAUGGUGUUACAGUCAUAUUAUAUGCAGCUGAAAAUGGCCAUAAUGAAAUAUCAAAAUUUUGUUUGGAAAAUGGAGCAGAUAUACAUAUCAAUGAGAAGGGAAACUCAGUUAUAUUAUAUACAGCUAGAAGUGGCGAAUUAGAAUUGGUGAAAAUGUGUGUCAGUAGGGGAGCAGGAAUAGACCAAAAAGAUAAUAAAGGUGGGACAGUCAUACAUUACGCAGCUUUAUCUGGGCAAUUAGAAUUGAUGGAAUAUUGUGUGCUAAAGGGAGCAGAUAUCAAUGUAUGUGAUGAUGAUGGUAGAAGAGUCAUACAUUAUGCAGCUUCAAUGGGCCAAUUAGAAUUGAUAAAAUUCUGUGUAGCAAAAGGAGUAGAUAUAAAUGAAAGGGAUAAUGAUGGAAGAACAGUUAUACACUAUGCAGCUUUAUUGGGCAAAUCAGAAUUAUCGGAAUUUUCUAUGAAAGUAGGAGGAAAUCUAUAUCUAGGCAAUUUUUCCGAAACGAAUAAAUUGAAUUUCGUGAUAUAUUGUGCGGAGAAAAUGGUGAAUAUGAACCAAGGUGAUAAUAAUGGAGAAACCGUUUUACAUUAUGCAGCCAAAUCGGGGCAGUUGAAUUUAUUGAGACUUUGUGUAGAAAAAGGUGCAGAUAUAAAUCAAGGUUGUAAUCACGGAAGAACUGUUUUACAUAUUGCAGCUUCACUGGGCCAUCUGGAUUUGAUGGAAUUAUGUCUGGAAUGCGGAGGAGACAUCGAUCAAAUUGAUAAUUACGGAUGCCCAGCCAUUCUUUAUGCAGCUGAAAGUGGCAAAUAUGAAUCUGUCAAAUUUUGUUUAGAUAGGAGAGCCACUCUAUAUCCAGAGAUGGUGACGAAAAUUCAGUCUUACAUUUGGCAGAUUUAUCGAGCGAAUUACAAUUGGUGA